UCAGUUUAGCCUGUAUAUAGUUUUGUCCUAAGCCUUUUCGAAAGAAAGAAUUAAACGUCAUCUGGCUGACUGUAUCUAUUGUUAUAAUUUUUCAUUGUGCUCUAAAUCCACAAAAAUAAACGAGUGAACUAUUUUGUUCGUUUGCAAAGAAAGUUAAUUAUAUAGCUGUUGAUAAAACAAACAAUAAUCAUGGCGAAAAUGGCAUUUCAGCACCAAGCCGGAACGGCGAUGGAGUGUCUAAGCAUACCUAUCACUCUGCAGAAAGAGGCUGGAGUGGACCCUGAAGGAAGAGAGGUGAUGAAGUGUGGGUUUAAAAUAGGAGGUGGUAUUGAUCAAGAUUAUCGUAAGAGCCCUCAAGGGUACACCGACAACGGUAUAUAUGUAACGGAAGUACAUGAAGGUAGCCCUGCAGCUAAAUCAGGCUUGAGAAUGCAUGACAAAAUCUUACAAUGCAACGGUUAUGACUUCACAAUGGUGACACAUAAGAAGGCUGUCAGUUACAUCAAGAAACAUCCUGUACUAAACUUAUUAGUUGCAAGAAAGGGUGUAACCUCCACAUAAAACAGGUUGAAUCUGUACCAUCUUACUUAUAAACAUUGGUUUGUAUUCAGAGGUUAUAUGGCUGCAUAUAUUAAUGUUAUAGUUAAAAAAAUACAGGGUUGAGUAAAAAAGCGAUAAGUAUUGCUUCAGUAGUGAACAUUGCAAAUGUUAAUGGAACUUGUCUUUACAAGGUUUCAACCUAUGUUACCUGUGUUUGUAAACAGGAUAACUAUUUGUCAUAGAAACUAUUGUCACUGCCAAAAUACAACUGGUAUAUAAGAUUAUAACAUUAUUCCAUAAUUUCCUAAGAUGUGGCAGCUGAUUCCUGCAGGAAUCGAAAUUUUGUAACAAAAAAUAUUGUACUGUUAUAUUGCGACAUAAAGUUGGUGUAUGUUUUAAAAAGAUUUAUUUACUUUUUUAAUUCUAUAUAAAUUUAAAUAUGCGUUAAUAGUUUGUAGUAUUGACAGAAAAAAAUAAAGUAUUAAAACAAAUAAUAUACAGUUUAUAGCCAUUUUUUUUUAUAAAUCAUUGAUCAGUAUUGUGGAAUAUGCAAACUACAAGGUAAAGCAUUGAUUGGAUGUACUUCAAAACCUUUUAAUGGGUAAUAUUCAUUAGUGCAGUAAUUGUCUUUUAUGCUAUUGAUAUAUCCAGCCAUAUAAAAAGCAUAAGCAUUUAAUUUGCAACCUCUAUGCAGCCACAGUUGUUCCAUUUUAAAUAAAAUGCUUUUUAUUUCCAAUGUCUAGGCCAUGAAUGGAAUGCAUUUAACGAAUUAUGCUUAAUGUUGUGAAAAUUUAAUAUUAUGUAAGUUAAUGAGUAAAAAGACCUUAUCUAGAGAGAUUAAUGAAAUGACCAUCAUGUGAGAAGUUUAUAAGUAAAUUGGUAAAUGGUUUUUUUAAGAGUCUAAGCACUGAGUUAGAAAAGUAUUAUAUUACAAUGAGUGAUUAUUAUACUGUUAUUUAUUUUUAUAUGUAAGAAUUUAGUUAGUAGAUAAAUAAUGAGACCAUGUUAUAAGUCAGAAAUUACAACAAAUUUACAAACACCUGUACUAUAAUGUGCAGUGAAUGUACAAAUAUACACAAUUGUUUUUAUGAGUUACCAAUGACUUUUGUAUAACAAUUUAUAUUUUUAUACUGAUCAAAUAAGUUUGCAAUAUUAACGAUUACUCAUGAAUUUUGUCCAUGACACUGUAAAAUUUCAUUAGCUCAAAUUGAAGUUAUUUGUAAUUGUUUAUAUAUGAAUUGAUAUUUGGAAUUUAUUAAUUAGUUAUAUGAGUAUACAUUUACCACAUUACAUGUUGCAUGUAACUGCACUUCGAACAAUGUAAAUGGGCUGUGCAACUGUCCAUCAGACAUGAAUGUCAUCGAAACUAUCUUGUUAAGUGGUGAAUAUCAAGUAAUUAAGUGAAACCUUAUCUUGUUAUGGAUCAGUUAAUAAUAAUGUACAUUGAUAUUGUACUUAAGAUUUUAUAACUACAUUAUCUAUGAAAUUUGUCAUUCAUACAAAUAAAUGGUUUAUGCACAGUGCCAAAUAAUAUU